AAGUUUGCUAAUUAAGAUAACACCAAAGGUUAAAGACAAAAUCAUCUAGAGGAAAUGCCAGUAGUAUGGCAUGUGGGAAAGCAAAAGUCUCCGCAGCAGAUUGUCUUACUUUAGGGACUAUCCAGAUUAUGAUUGGCGUCUUUGAAGUUUUCAUGUGGUAUCUCCUAAUGGUUUUGUAUAUGGGACAAAUUAAAGGAGUCUUUGGAACAUACGAACCUAUAACUUACAAAGCAGGAUGUGCUUUAUGGGGAAUUUUUAAACUUGGAAGGGAAGUUUCACGUAUUUUACUGAUCUUCUACCCCUUGGAAUUUGCCAUUGCGCUUACAUACUCAAUAUGCAGCUGUGUGAAUUUGAGUCAAAGACGUGAAGAUACUAUUACUUCUGUUGCUGAUGAAGUUAUGAGCAAUUUUUAAAACCUUAGAAAUGUGAGGAUUUUGCUGGUGCCGA